AUGGGUUCCGGUUGUACGGCAUUCGCUCUCGCUCGGGGAUCCCCGAACCAGUUGAAUAACCCGAAGGCGUCCUUCGCCCAGCACGAGGGGGUCUUCUCUCUUCGACGGGAGAGCGUGAGCGAGCCUGCCUGGCUUGAGGCGUUGUGGAUGGUUCCGCAAAACGAGUUCGCUUUUGCGGCUUUGGUGCCCACUUUUGUUCCCUCUCUAUAA